UCACCCUGUUGUACUUUAAUAUUGCAGAAAUUCUGAAUACUGAGAGAUUUACUCACCAUAGGCCUGAUUCCCCAGUACACUCUGACUGCUUUGCGCCACUCUGAAGGUGCAAAGCAGCCAUAAACACAGUUUAACUAUCUUAUUAAGCCAACUUUACAUUUUCUUUGCACCAGGGCAGCACAAAGCAGCCAAAGCGUACUGAGAAAUCUGGCCUCAGAUGUGUUGCAGUACUUAAGACACAAAACGGCAGUAAGAGCUGAUGUCAUAACAAGAACCUAUGGUAAAGCAGUAAAGUACGCGAAGGAAAAUGUUCUGCUUCAGGUGCUUGUGAUGUCACCAAUGCUUGCAGGCAAAACACAGAAAUGUGAAAGGAACCCUAAUUAUCAUUAUCGUAAUAAACACUACCUAGAAGAAGCUACAAAUGAAAGAAUGGACAAAGAUGAAGAAGCUUUAAAGGCAGCCAGAGCAGAGCUCAGUGAAGCCAGGCGACAAUGGCAUCAUAUGCAAAUUGAAAUUGAAUCUCUCCAGGCUGUGGAAAGAGGUUUGGAAAGUUGUCUGCAUGCCUCAGAGCAGCAGUACCAGAUGCAACUGCAGAAUUUAAAAGCUGAGAUUGAAGGUUUAGAGAAGGAGCUACAGCAAGUGAGGAGAGGUAUUGAGAAACAGCUUCAAAAGCAUGAAAUACUACUGAACACUAAGAUGAGGUUGGAGCAGGAGAUAGCAACUUAUCGCAGUUUGCUGGAGGAAGAGGAAAACAGGUUUCAUUUUUCUACACAUGAUAGAAAAGAUGACAGAAAACCUACCACCAGCAAGAUAGCUUUUAUCCCACCUUCAACUGGUGCCAUAAAGAAGCAUGAAGAUGAAAAGGUGGAAAAAUUGACAAAGCAAGCAAUCUUAGAUGGAAACAUUGUGAAGGAAAGUGCUGAAGCUCAUGGCACUAUACAGACAGAAAAAGUGGAUGAAGUUAUUAAAGAAUGGGAAGGAUCUUUCUUUAAGGACAAUCCUCAUUUAAGGAAAAAGUCUGUUUCUUUGCGCUUUGAUCUCCACCUAGCAGCAACAGAUGACGGAUGUUUACAGACUAAACAAAAUAACCUACCUGACAUUGAAGUCAGGCUGGUAAUGAGAAGGUCUUGCAGUAUUCCAUCUAUCAAACCUUAACCUGCAGCAAACUAACUCAAGGGUCAUUUAUGAUGGGCUUUGGAAAUAAAUAACGUUAAGACAGAUCUAGAUGGACCACAUGGCUUCCCCUCAUCUGGUCACAACUAUGAAAUGUUACUAAGUA